CAUUUUCCCACUUACCGUACCAAUCCUUUAAAAUCUUCCCCUCUACCCUCCUCUCCACUUAAUUCACAAAGAUUCUCUCUCUCUCUCUCUCUCUCUCUCUCUCACGCACUUUCAAUACUCACACACCCUUUGGAAGCUCACUGCAUUAGCCAUUAAUCCUCUCUUCAAGUGAAAAGCAAGGAAGAAGAUGAAGCUCUCCCUUCCUUUCCUCUCCAAGACAACAGAAGAAGACAUUGACAACACCAGCAUCAGCUACUCCUUGCCAUGGCCAUGGCCAUACUACUGCCACCGCCCUCGGACCCUCUCGUUCCGAACUGCCACCGACGACCCCGGCAACGUGUUCAAGACCAUCAACACGGCCUACUCCGUCUAUGGUAGCCGGGAGGAUCUAGAGAGUCACACUGAAGAAGGUGAAACGGAGCCGCCAGAGUCGGAGGACAGCGAUGAGUUGUCCAUCAUCGAGAUGGCGGUGCGGGGCCUGAGGUCGUCAGAGCGGCUCUUCUUUGAACCGGGGGAGACGAGGUCGAUACUCGAGGAGUUGAAGAGGGACUGCAAGUUCCCCUUGAUCAAGGACAGCCUCGUGAUGUCGAUGGAGUCGCAGGAUCCAUAUGUCGACUUCAGGAAGUCGAUGGAGGACAUGGUUAGGGCUUAUGGGCUGAAGGAGUGGGAGGACCUGAAGGGCCUCCUGGACUGGUACUUGAGGGUCAACGGGAAGGCCAACCACGGCCACAUCCUCGGGGCGUUCGUCGAUCUCCUGGUCCUUAUCCAAACGCAAGAAGCAACAUCUUAUCCUUCCACAUCCACAGCUGAUCGUCGUCGUCGUCACCAUGAUUACAAUUCUUCUCCUACUCCCUCUUCUCCUCUAUCUCUUUGUACUUCUUCUGCUUCCUCUUCUUCAUCGUCAAACUCUCUAUCGACGCCGAGUGUUUCCAUAUUCGAACCAGAGGAGAGGUGUGGCGGUGGUGGUACUAGUGUCGUUCCUUGUUUGUCAUUCGAAGUAGCGGAGGAGUUUGAAAUCAGGUGAAGUAUUUAUUGUCUUAAUCAUCUCGAAAUGUUUUGUUGAUUAUCUGAUUAGAUCAUAUAUACUGUACGUUGCAAAUGUAGAUAACGUAUACGGUCAUGAGAUCUCUUGAUG